AGGCCAUAGAUUAUAGAUACCUAAUCUCAUUUCAUAUCUAGAAAGGGAGGUUUUGGGUUCUUUGGUUUUUGAUAAAGGUUGGUCUUUUUGUAUCUAUAAAUAAGAGUAUCUGUUCCGAAAGCUUCGCUUCGCUUUUGUUCACUUUUUUUCAUUUUUAUUUUUCUGGCUGUGUGAAGGGCCCUAGAGAGAGAGAGAGAGAGAGAGAGAGAGAGAGUGUGUGUGUGUGUUAGAGUGUGAAGGGGUGUUGUGGUAGAAGAGAUUUAUGUCGGCAAGGUCUGGGUUGGGUAUUGUGAUUCGGGCUCCUCUCUUGAAGCUCUGUGUCAUCGUGUCAUCUGCGCUGUUGAUUGAUCUUUGUAUGCAAAGAAUCCUCCUCUGCUGUGCCCUCAAGCAGAUAACUGCCGUGUUUGACCAAACUGUUUCGAUGCGUUUGAGGCCCAGAAGGACUUGUUCUGGAGGAGAGUGUUUCGGAGGAUUUCAUAUAAAGAGAUUAUUACAUACUUUCUUGAUCUCGAAACGGCCUCUCAGUUAAUAGGGCUCUAGAUUAACUUUAAUAUUAUUUUUGGUUUGGUUGGGAGAGAUUUUGAUGCUUAUUUUCCUGAUUUACAACAUUUGUUCAUUUCAAAUUUUGAGUUUAUACUUAAAGCCAGAGCCUUUCUUUCCGGGAAAAUUUUGUUAUAGGAGUAUAGUGAGUGAAAAUGCCAGAGUCUCAGAGACAACCCCUUUCAAAUCAAAAAAGUUUUUGUAAAAAAUUGAAACCUAGAGCUGAACCCUUGAAACCCAUGAGGAGAGUCCGGAUUGUGUGCGACGAUCCGGAUGCUACUGAUUCAUCCGACGACGAGGGAGUCGUCCAUGUGAAAAGGCCGAAGCUUUUUGUUCGUGAGAUUCAUCUUCCCUUUGCUGACCCUUUCAGUUGCCCAGCCAAAGCCCCUGAGACAGAGAGUUCUUGUCAAGAUAGCAACAAUGGGGAGAAAGAGAAAAACCCCCCCACUAGGAAGAAGGUUUUAGCUAAAACCCCGGGUCAGCCUCAGACAGACUCUUCAGUGAAACUUAGAGGUGUCAGACAGCGGAAAUGGGGGAAAUGGGCUGCUGAAAUUCGUGAUCCUUUCAAGGGGAGAAGGGUGUGGCUGGGUACUUACAACAGUGCUGAGGAGGCCUCCAGAGCUUAUGAAAGUAAACGCCUUGAAUUUGAAGCUAUGUGUAAGAACGAUAUGGAUAAUGAUAGCAAUGAGAAUUCCCACUCUCACUCACUGGCGAUUUCGAAGCCUCAGGAUCUGGAUAUGACUGCAGCCUACAGUGCCUUGGAGGAGGACUCUGCAGAAAGCUUGGCGUCGCACACCUCUCAACCUUCUCCAUCAUCAGUUCUUGAAGUGACCUCCCUGGCCUCUGCCAAUAAGUUUGUUGUUGAUGUUAUUCUUGAAGCUAAUGGCUGUGAACAAAAUGCCCCCGAGUUGGGUGUUAUGGCAGAUGAGAAUCCUGUAAUGCCUCAAAUUGAUGAUGAGAUGGAGAAGGGGCCUAAACUAGGGGUUAUGGAUGAUGAGACUCUGGUAGUGGCUGAAAUUGGUCAAUCUAUGGAGAAAGUGCCUGAUCUGGGUGUUAUGGAUGAGAGUCUUUCAUUGGCUCGAAUGGCUGAAGGGAUUGAAUUUGAUAUGGAGCUAGAUGCCCUCCUUGCAGGCAAUGAUUUGAGGCAGUGUCUUGAUGACUUUGUUCUUGGCGACUUUGAGGACUUUCCAAUGUACGGGUUUGAGGGUGAUGAGCAGUUGCCUGCUACUUUGCCUGACUUUGAUUUUGACCUCGACUUCAAUUUUGAGGGUUGCAACGACACUUGGAUGGAUGAUGCUCCCAUGAUGACCGGAACAACAUCCCUCAACAUAGCUUGCCUAUAAAUUUUGCAGCUAAUAGGAGUUUUAUUAUUUCGCUAUGAGUAGUCAAAAUUAGUAGAAAGUGAGUUUUUGAACCUCGAGGACAGAUAAGUAUUGUUCUUGAGCUAAAUAAAGUUUCCGACUUUGUGGUUUUGUUCUAGUAUUUUUGUUUUCUUUGUUUGGUCUAGGAGAGGUUUUGAUUGAUGGAGUUGUUUGUCCCUUGGGUUUUCUUGUGCUGUUAGAGCCGUCCAAGGAGCUCUCGGCAUCUCUAUCUAUCUUAGCAGAGUUUAUGUAUGAGCGAAGAUGAUGUUUGUUUUGUAUUUGACAUGAUGAAUGAGAUACUGAGUUACUAUCUUUGUUCUUGA